GACGUUUUUAAAUCAUGUCACUCGUGAUCGGAAUGGACAAGCAGCAGCACGCGAUCUCCUCUUACUUUAGCCGGGAUUGUUUCAGAUAACCCGAGCGAUGCGGCGCGCGCUGUGCUGCGUCAUGCUGCUGCUUACACACAUCUGUUUCGGCGAAGCACGCAUAACCGCCGAAGUAUGUCAGACGAAGCCGAGGGAGAGGCACUGCGUGAUAGAGAGCAUGUCACUCAGCAGGUGGCCACAUACUAACAGGUACACAUUCGACUGGCGGACGCAGCGCUGCUACAUCAUGCACUGGUCCAGCUACUGCCCUCUCCCAACACACGAGUCCAACAACUUCGCGAGCGAGGCCGCCUGCGUCGCCGCCUGCGCGGGAUGGGCAUAGAAUUAACUUGUAAGAAUCAGGGGCAAAAGAACGGCCAUGCCUUUCCAGUUCAAAUAUAGACAAUAGAACAGCAUACAUUUUUGACUGUGAUGUUUCAUAUUUGGACAGUAUAAGUACAAACAAUUCGCGUAUAACUUCUAGGUCCACAGAUCGUUAAACCCUGGGCCUGAAAUCAAACUAUUUCUUUAUAUUAAUCUAUGUUACGAGUAAACCCUUUAGUAUUGCUUAUAUUGUUAAAUUGCAACUAUUUUUAAUAACCUAAGUACCUAGCACUUAUGCCGUUUCUAAAAUGACUAGAUUUAAACAAUACGUCAAUUGAUUUGCUAUUGUAUAGCCUUAUCCAUUAGUUUUCAUAUUAUUAUACAUAUUGUAAUAUUUAAGUCGCUGUCGUCGUCGUCACAAUAACAUAACCAUUAUUUAUAUAUUACGAUAUUUAAUACAUGUUACAUGAUUAAUAUUUGCGUAAAACAGAAGUUGAUUAUAUAUUUUAAUUUUGAGAAGUAGUAACGCCCAAUAGCAUUAGGUAUAUUAAGUAGUUUUAAGGACUCAAUAGUAGAUUAGUGAUAAAUGUUAUUGUUUUUAAAAUUAAUAUCUACUAGCCCUCUCAAUAUAAAACACCUUUACGCAGGGUAUUAUUACUGUUCAAAGUCCGCUGUCUCUUUUUCUGCCAAGCAAAGACAAGGAGACCGUGUGUUCGAUAUUUAAAUAAUAUCUUUA